UGCACAUGGUUCCCUCGGUAUUUGUUUGUAAAUAAAGCAUAAUUGAUGUUAUACUUAUUUUGAGAAGAUUAUGCGGUUUCUUAGUUUAUGUGUUUCAAUAGAUUUCUAGUUCAUUUUCAAAAAAGAAAACAUGGAAGAGACUAAACCAAAAACCAAUAUUGCAUAUUUAUUUCGGGAUGCAAGAGCAAAUAACUCAUAUUUGAAAAUAUGUGCUCCAAUGGUGCGAUACAGCAAAUUAGAGUUUCGUAAUUUGGUUCGUUCCUAUGGAACUGAUCUCACCUUCACCAGCAUGAUAAUGGCCGAUUCUUUCUGCCAGAGUGAAAAAGCUAGACUAAAUGAGUUUACGACGAAUAGAGAUGACACACCGGUGGUUGUGCAGUUUGCUGCUAAAAAUUCCGUAGAUUUUCUAUCGGCUACCGAGAUGGCUUUUCCCUACGUGGAUGGAGUGGAUCUGAAUUGUGGGUGCCCUCAACGUUGGGCAAUGCAGGACGGAUAUGGCAGCGCACUUCUGAAGACGCCGGAAUUGAUCGCCGACAUGCUCAGCACUGUACGGAGAAAUCUGCCGAGUACGUUCAGUGUUUCCGUUAAGGUUCGUUUGCUACAAAAGUCUUUGAGUGCCACGAUUGAUAUGUGCCGGCAGUUGGAAGCCUGUGGAAUCACAUUUAUCACAAUCCAUGGCAGAACUCCAGCCCAGAAGACUAACAUUCCGGUGAACAAAGAAGCGCUAAAAGAAAUCAAAAGCAGUUUAAAUAUUCCGGUUGUUGCAAAUGGAGACAUUUUCAGCUUACACGACGCCGAUGCAAUGCACUGCUCGACGAAUUGUGACGGCGUCAUGUCCGCACGUGGUAUGCUAUCCAACCCUGCGCUUUAUGCUGGCGUUGACCGAACUCCACUGGAGUGCGUGCAACGGUGGCUCGACAUCACAGCGCAGGCCGACACAGACAUAACAUUCCAAGCCAUGCAUCACCAUCUGACGUUUAUGGCGGAAUCGCUGCUCACCAAGGAACAACGGAUUGUGUUCAACAAUAUGACCAAAGAUAAAAGCCGAGUGUAUGAUUUCUUUCGAGAGCAUUUCCAAUUGGAAUCGCAACCGUGCAGGCAUCCACCGAAGCUGGUGUGCUCCUUCGCCGACGAAGAGUAUCGAAAGCGGGUGCAGUAUAGGGGAAGCAUGCGCAAAGCCAACUUGGAUGCAUACUCGAGUGAAGAUCGAGAUGGCGCUUAUUUUCUAAAUAAGGUUGAUGUCCUGAAUAUUGACGACAGUGCGGAAGAUGUGGAUUUCAUGGAUGGUAACUUGUUUGGAAAUGAUGAAAUAUAGGACUGAACUGUGUUGGGAUCGUUGAAGGAAAAUAAAUAUUUUGAAAAACUUUA